CAAACACGUAGAGACAGAGAAGGCAGCAACUAUAGGGAAGAUGGAGGACUGUAUGGCAACGGCGGAUCGGACCUCCAGCCUGCAGCAACAUCACAGCUGAAAGCAGCCUUUGCGCUGACCUCAUAGAGGUGCUGAUGAUGACCUCCUAAAACCAUUCUCUGAGACCAUUGAACCAACCAGAACCAGACAGCCAUGAACCCUCAGGAGAUGGCGCUCGGCCAAGAGGUGAUGGAGGAAACUGAUGUCCCUCCUCGCCAUCGUCACAACAACCACAACAGCCACAACAGCCAGUCCCGUAACCACAACAACCAGGAAAAGCGGUACAGACGCUGUGAGGCGCCGGCUGGAGGAACUGCUGGCAGCAGAGCCAGGGAGCCACAACAGCAUCAGCCAAAGGGGGAGCAAGACACAGAGCUGCAAUACAGAGCUCAGUCUCCACAGCCCCAGCAGCCUCAACCCAUCCCUCGACCUGCAGUAACACGUUAUCGCAGACAGGGGGACAGCGAGGCCCGGAUUAGAGCCCAGCAGCAGAGGCACAGACAGAGACAGCAGAGAGAAGCAGAGAAAGCACAACAACAGGAGAAGCAGCACCACACAGAGAUGACACAGGAAGAUGAAAGAGAGAGGGACGAUUCAGUGCUGGCCCGCUCAGGGAGCACUGAGAGCGGUUUUCACACCCAUAAUGACCGAGCCGAGGGGGAUGAAGGCCUGUUCAUGAUGUCUCUGGAGCCUGAUGGGCAGCCAGAGGUGGAGGACGAGGUGGGGAACUAUGGAGUCCAGCUACAGCCCGAGGCGGAGGGGUACACUGAGAGUGCCGAGGCUGAACAGCAGCAUCUCCAUCCACAUCCUAACUAUCCUCCUCAGCCUCCACCCCUGCCACGUGAACCCCUGCCUAAUAUCCAAAAGCCGCAGACACAGGAUGAAGCAGAGGAGAUUCUGAAUGCUGGCUACUCCAACCACGUCUACACCCAGCCCUUCAGCCACUCUGGAGGAAGGGGCGACAUCUUGAUCGGUCAGAGCUUGGAGAGUUUAGAUACUAGACUUGCAGAUGAAGCCUAUUCUGAGCCAUAUGACAUUUACUCACUGUCUGAGCAUGUUUAUGAGGAAAUCUGUGAUGUUCCCACAUCAGUUUCAUUGGCUCCAGACAGGGCUGGGGACACGGAGUCUCUCCAACAGAGGAGGGCAGGCUUUUGUGUGUUGGAGAGCGGGGUGGGAUGUGGCAACUACCAUGACCAGGAGGCAGUGGGCUCCCGUCUGCGUCACUAUGAUGAACGCUCAGAUGGUGAGUCAGACAGCCCAGAGAAGGAGGCUGAGUUUGCCCCAUACCCACGUGCCGACAGCUGUGAGCAGGAGGAGGACAUUGACAGCAUUGUGGCUGAGGUCAAAGAAAGCCUAAGCUCUCAGAGUUUUCAUUUUAUUGCAGAAGACACCGUAGAUGAAGCAAAUGAACUACUACAGGAAGAAAAAAAACCCCAACCUGAGUACCAGACCAACUCUGAUAAACACCACAAAGCUGCCAACCAAGGAAAGCCAGCCAGAAAACAGGGUGUGAGUCCAUCAGAGGAGUCUGUAGCAGUUAGGAACAGUCAGGAUAAGAGGGAUGCCAUAUCUCUCGCCAUCAAGGACAUUAGGGAGGCCAUAGAGGAGGUGAAGAUCAGAACGGUGAGAUCUCCUUAUACACCUGAUGAGCCCAAGGAGCCGAUUUGGGUAAUGCGGCAGGAAUUGAGUCCCACUGCUGAGUGUGACCUUCAGCCAUCACUUGGGGGUAAUUCUCCUGGUUCAAGCUCGCCCUCUCCUCCAGGAGCAGAAUCAUCCUACAGACAUCUGCUGCAGGAUGAGAGCUUUGAUUCUUCUCCCUCCAGUAAAGAUUCCACGAAAACCCUUGCAUCCUUCCCCACAUAUGUAGAAGUCCCAGGCCCGUGUGACCCAGAGGACCUGAUCGAUGGGAUCAUCUUUGCAGCCAACUACUUGGGCUCCACCCAGCUGCUGUCAGAUAAAACACCAUCCAAGAACAUCCGCAUGAUGCAGGCACAAGAGGCCGUCAGCCGCAUCAAGGCCCCUGAGGGUGAGCCUCAGCCCAUGACAGAGGUGGAUCUCUUCAUCUCCACCCAGAGAAUCAAAGUACUCAAUGCUGACUCCCAGGAUACCAUGAUGGACCACCCUUUGCGGACCAUCUCCUACAUUGCUGACAUUGGCAACAUCGUGGUUCUGAUGGCCCGGCGCAGGAUGCCUCGACCUGAUUCUCAGGAAAAUGUGGAAGCCUCAGACCCAGGUCAAGAAAGCAAGCGCCAGUACAAGAUGAUAUGCCACGUGUUUGAGUCUGAAGAUGCCCAGUUGAUUGCACAGUCUAUUGGGCAGGCCUUCAGCGUGGCUUACCAGGAAUUCUUACGGGCCAAUGGCAUUAACCCUGAGGACCUAAGCCAGAAGGAGUACAGUGACCUGCUCAGUACUCAGGACAUGUACAAUGAUGACCUCAUCCACUUCUCCAAGUCUGAGAACUGCAAAGAUGUGUUCAUAGAGAAAACUAAGGGGGAGAUUUUGGGUGUGGUCAUUGUGGAAAGUGGGUGGGGCUCCAUCCUGCCUACUGUCAUCAUUGCAAACAUGAUGCAUGCUGGCCCGGCUGAGAGGUCUGGCAGACUGAACAUAGGAGACCAGAUCAUGUCAAUCAAUGGGACCAGUCUGGUGGGACUGCCACUGUCCACCUGCCAGAGCAUCAUAAAGGGUCUGAAAAACCAGUUUCAGAUCAAACUGAACAUUGUCAGAUGUCCCCCAGUGACCACCGUUCUCAUCAGACGGCCAGACCUCCGCUACCAGCUAGGCUUCAGUGUCCAGAAUGGCAUUAUCUGUAGCCUUAUGCGUGGGGGCAUUGCUGAACGAGGCGGGGUCAGAGUGGGUCACCGCAUCAUUGAAAUCAACAGCCAGAGCGUGGUGGCCACGCCCCAGGAAAAAAUUGUUCACAUCCUGUCUAGCGCUGUGGGAGAGAUCCACAUGAAGACGAUGCCUGCAGCCAUGUACCGCCUGCUGACCGCCCAGGAGCAGCCUGUUUACAUUUAACAAGACAAAGUCCGACCUCACACACCCUUUAAACUUACUGCAAUCAACUAUCACUCCCCAAGCCAACCCCACCUGUUCAGCCCAGUCCUCAUCCUCUACCCUUCUAUCCACAGCUAUAGCAAGUAGUUGGUUGGUUUGUUCUAUUGCUCAGCCUCAUCUUUAAGUGACAAUGUAGAAGGUUAUGGCUAAAGUUUGGCUAAAGUAACAAUUAGUGAAAGGAUGUUCACGCCCAAUGAAUUUUCAGCACCCAGUAGUGCCCCAGAAUCCUAAUAUUUUCUUCCUGGUUCACUGUUGAUAUUUUGGAACUUAACACAUUAGAAAAACACUUGGGAGCACGAUAAUUAUUCCGAAGUAUAUCUAUUAUGUUCAGUUUAGGCAACUGUGACACUUUGGUGAGUGUUUUUUUCAUUGAUAAAUAAGAAAAAUAAGAACACAGUAGAAACCCUAUUUUCUUGAGUUGGAAACUGAACCCUGAUUGUGGGCAUGAAGGCAACCUACACAUCCAACCUUGACCGCUUAUUUUUUUUUUUUAUAUUUGGGAAUUUUAGCUUUUUACUGACAGCGACAAUGCAGAGACAGGAAAGACAGGUGUGAGAGAGGGGAUGACAUGCUGGACUCAGCCUUAAUGGUAGAGGCGUAACCAGGCCUGGUUACGCCUGUAACCAGGUUGUUACACCCUGACUACUUCUGCCAUGCUGCUAUUUCACUGGCAGAAUAAUGCCUGUUUCUAGUUAUAUUUCCUCCACCAAAUCCUUUCUGCACAAUGCAGAGCUCUCCACAGAGGGAGUAUGUGAAUUUUGCUGACAAAUGAACAUACUCCCUCUCAUCACAUUUCAUACGUUUGCUGCAUUAUUGAAGAGUCGAGGCUGCAGCUCCAUUUUGCACUUCACAUUUCAAACUGGAAAGCUUUUCAACUCUACUGUAGUCGAUUCUUACAGUGCUUGUUGUUUCCAUUCCAUCUGUUUAAUUUUUGUAUUCUCUGUAUGCAGCACCUGCAGUAGCUCCAGUCAUAAUGUAAUUAGCUAAUACCCCCUCUUACACCUUAGACCCUUGUCCAACCAGUGUGUCCAAACAUAGAGCUGACUCACACAGGACCCUGUUACACUACCUGAUGAUCUAUGUCAAGGUGUUUGCACAAGAUGCAGGAAUGGAAUGUGAGUCAAGUUCUAUUGUUGUUAAAUAAACCCAGGCUGAUAUAUACUGUAUACAUGAAUUUCAGUCCAUUUCUUACCCUUCAACUUAAAAAUAUCAAG